AUGGCCCCAACCGAGUUUGCGCUGAACAACGUUUUUGAAAGAGUCACCGAUCCGAACGGCGUGGUAACCGCCGCGCCGGUAAUCCUCCGUCCCUUCGUCCUCCGACCACCGUCGCUACUCCACUUCCAUAUUCACCGAUCUAGACGCAAAGGAGAAGGAACAAAUCUAACUAUUUCAAUCUCUCUACUCUUGGAGAAUCCGACGACGAUAGAGAGAGAGAGCUUAGCUACUUCUUCAAACAAUCAUCUACCUUUACAAUACGUCGCCGUUUCCUCCACCGGCGGCUAUGGGAAAAAAUAA